AUGCCUUUAAUUAUUAUCUGCGGGAUUCCCUCAAGCGGGAAGACCACUCGUGCGAAGCAAGUAACGCAAUAUUUUCUUAAUAGGUUUUCUAGUCAAGAAAAAGCCGGAACUGUACACCUUAUCAACGAUGAAUCAUUAGGAAUUACAAAAGAUAGUUAUAGAGAUACACGUGUUGAAGAAAAAAAAGCUCGUGCGUCGUUAAUGUCAGCUGUCGAACGACUGGUUUCUAAAGAAGAUAUAGUAAUCGCAGAUGGAAUGAAUUAUAUCAAAGGAUACCGAUAUCAAUUAUAUUGUAUCGCACGGGCAGUUGGUACCCCGCAUUGUGUGAUAUAUUGUGGAACACCGAUAGAAAUUGCCAGAGAAUGGAAUUCCAAUCGAGGUGAAGAAGGUUAUGAAGCAACAAUAUUUGAUGAACUUGUCAGCAGAUUUGAAGAACCGGAUGAUCGUAAUCGUUGGGAUUCUCCACUUUUUACAGUUCUAUGGGAUGAUCCUGCACCUUCAUACGAUGGAAUAUGGGAUGCUAUUAUUGUCAAGAGAGCGAAACCGCCUAAUUUAUCUACUGUAGCGAAACCUGUGAGCGAAACAAAUUAUUUAUAUGAACUCGAAAAGACUACACAAGAUAUCAUUAAUGCGUACAUUAAACUUCCUUCUCGCACGAUAACGCUUUCUGAGCUAAGACGAUUAAGAAGGCAGUUCACAAAUAUUAACAAGAUGCAUACGUUAGAUGUAGAUCGAGUAGCAGAAUUUGUUUACAAGGAAUUUUAUUAUCAUUGUAAAAGUGUAAAACUCAUACAAUAUUUAACAUUUAGAAUAAUUACUAGAAUUUUGUUAUUAUUCGGUAUUUCUUCGAUUUAA